AGUUAAAAAAAAAAAGGUCAAGAGUGGGGAGGAGUUACGUGGAGGAUUGUAUGGUACCCGCGGCGCUUGUUCUGGAAGGAUAGACUCUAGACCGCGUCCGCAGUACAUCGAGUUGUUGUCGCCACUCAAUCAGUGUCCGAAACUCGACCACUCGCAACCGUCAAAACUCGUCAGGCUCCUCUGUCAUUACUUGAAAUCUUCACUGCUGCAUAAGUGUAGUUUUCAUCUGGUGGAGAGCAAAAAGUAUUAAUCACGAGCAAAGGAAAUUACUGAGAUAUUAAAAUUACAAUAUGAGGGGAAUCAUUGCUGUUGGACUUAUCUGUUUCGGAUUUUGUUUGUGCUGUUUCGCUCAAACAAUUCCCCCGGAUGUUUUGAACAAGAUCAACACGAUUCCCGGAAUCGGGAGCCUCAAUCUCACGGCAGUGAAUCAGACGGAAAUUAUGGGAAAGAUAAAUGAAGUGAAGGAAUUAUUGAAAGAGAAAUGUGACAAGAAGGGUGGGCCAGGGACUUUUGAUAAAAUCUUUAAUGCCAAAGACGAGCUCUUCAGUUGUGUGAAGGGUCUCGUGAAUUUCACCACACUCAACAAGGAGAUAGAGGAUGCCAAGCCUACUGGAGAUCUUGAUAUUGUUUUUAAAAAGUACUGUGAUAAAAGAUCAAUUUUCGAACAGUGCAUUUCAAACUUCACUGAUGUCUUGGAUCCUUGUUUGGAGCCUCUGGAGAAGUAUAAUGAGGGCAUUGUGAAGGACGCUACGCACUCGGUAUUGAAUUUCGUCUGUCACAAAGAGGGAGAUCGAAUUGCUUUGUUUAUCGGCUCCGGUGGUAAAGAAUGUUUCCAGGAGAGAUACCUUGAGGUAGGAAAAUGCAUAAAUGCAACAUACAGUAAAUACAUCCGAAUUAACGAAAGUCAAUCUGGAAUGCCGACAAUUGAUAAAAUUCCAACACUUAAAUUUGAUGUCCAAACAUGCAGCGAUGCAAUGAGAACUCAAGCCUGUAUCGUCCAAGAAUUGGAAAAAUGCGAGGACCCAACGCCUGGAAACCUCAUGGAUGCUUUAAUGACAUUCGUGAGGCGUAAAACUCCCUGUGAAGGGCUCCUGAAGUCCAACGUUGAAAGAUCACUCCCCGACGAAGUGCAGAAUAAUGCAGUAUCCAUACCUCAUUUGAAUAUUCUAAUGCUCUUACCAAUUGUCUUUCGUUUUGUUUAAGAAAAUCUAGAAAAUUCAGAUGGAUAACUAUUUUUUAAAUUAACAUUGGACAGAUGUAAUUAUUACUAUUCAAAAAUGAAUAAUACAAAAAUGACAAA